GGAGCGCGGAGGGACCCGCGACCCCGCGAUGGGCCUAGGGGCGCGGCUGGCGGCGCUGCUGGCGCUGCUGGCGCUCGGGGCCUGGGACCCCGCGGCGGCCACGGCGCGGGAGGACACCUUCUCCGCGCUGACCAGCGUGGCGCGCGCCCUGGCGCCCGAGCGGCGGCUGCUGGGGACACUGAGGCGCUACCUGCGCUGGGAGGAGGCGCGACUGCGCGACCUGACCAGAUUUUAUGACAAGGUACUCUCUCUGCACGAGGAUGCGACGAUCCCUGUAGUGAACCCUCUGCUUGCUUUUACUCUCAUCAAACGUUUGCAGUCUGACUGGAGGAAUGUGGUGCAUAGUCUGGAGGCCACUGAGAACAUCCGAGCUCUGAAGGAUGGUUAUGAGAAGGUAGAGCAAGACCUUCCUGCCUUUGAGGACCUCGAGGGAGCAGCGAGGGCCCUGAUGCGGCUGCAGGAUGUGUACAUGCUCAACGUGAAGGGCCUGGCCCAGGGUGUCUUCCAGAGGGUCACAGGCUCCUCCAUCACUUACCUGUACAGUCCCAGGCAGCUCUUCCCCCUCACAGCUGAUGACUGCUUCCAUGUAGGCAAGGUGGCCUAUGACAUGGGGGAUUACUACCAUGCCAUCCCAUGGCUGGAGGAAGCUGUCAGUCUCUUCCGAACAUCUUAUGGGGAGUGGAAGACGGAGGAUGAGGCCAGUCUGGACGACGCCCUAGAUUACCUGGCCUUUGCCUGUUUCCAGGCAGGAAAUGUUUCAUGUGCCCUCAGCCUCUCCCGAGAGUUCCUUCACUACAACCCAGAUAAUAAGAGGAUGGCCAGGAAUGUGUUGAAAUAUGAAAGGCUCUUGGCGGAGAACACUCAUCAGACGACGGCUGAAACUGUCAUUCAGAGGCCCAACGUGCCCCACCUGCAGACCAGAGACACAUACGAGGGGCUAUGCCAGACCCUGGGCUCCCAGCCCACACACUACCAAAACCCCAGCCUCUACUGCUCCUAUGAGACCAAUUCCAGCCCCUACCUGCUGAUCCAGCCCGCCCGCAAAGAGGUCAUCCACCUGCGGCCCUUUGUCGCUCUCUAUCAUGACUUUGUUAGUGACGCAGAAGCUCAGAAGAUCCGAGAGCUUGCAGAACCGUGGCUCCAGAGAUCCGUGGUGGCUUCAGGGGAAAAGCAGUUACCAGUGGAGUACCGCAUCAGUAAAAGUGCCUGGCUGAAGGACACAGUUGACCCGAUGCUGGGGACGCUUGACCACCGCAUUGCUGCCCUCACAGGCCUUGACAUGCAGCCUCCCUAUGCAGAGUAUCUCCAGGUGGUGAACUAUGGAAUCGGAGGGCACUACGAGCCUCACUUUGACCAUGCUACGUCGCCAAGCAGCCCCCUGUACAGGAUGAAGUCUGGGAACCGAGUUGCAACAUUUAUGAUCUAUCUGAGUGAAGUGGAGGCUGGAGGAGCCACGGCCUUUAUCUAUGCCAACUUCAGUGUGCCUGUGGUUAAGAAUGCUGCACUGUUCUGGUGGAACCUGCACCGGAGUGGAGAGGGGGAUGGAGACACACUUCAUGCUGGCUGUCCUGUCCUGGUGGGAGAUAAGUGGGUGGCCAACAAGUGGAUACAUGAGUACGGACAGGAAUUCCGAAGACCCUGCAGCACCAACCCUCAAGACUGAAGCACUGGGGAUGGAAGGAAGCUUGUCAGAGAAGAUGGAAACAAAGCCACAGGCAGAGAGGAGUGCAGUCUCCUGAAGGAAGAAGGCCUCACAGCAAGGCCUUGUGAGUGGGAGCUAGGCAUGGUCUUUAUCAGGAACACUCCAUCCCUCCCACCCCCCCCCCAAGAGAAUUUGC